AUGGCGGGGCUGGGCCCGAUCCGUGCGGCGGAACGGACAGAAGGAGAGCAGGGUUACCCCCCGGCUAGUGGCAUUCUGGCUAUCGACAAGGCCAGGGAGCCCAUCACCUUAGUACUGGCAGAAGACGGCACCAUUGUGGAUGAUGAAGAUUACUUUUUGUGUCUGCCAGCUAACACCAAAUUUGUGGCACUGGCCAAGAAUGAGAAGUGGUCCAGCAAAAGCUUAGAUAGUGGAACAGCCUGGCCCUCUGAGUCUGCAGAUGAAGUGGACAGUGGUGCAGAGAAGUGGAAGCAGCUGGCCAGGCAGCUGAAGGAUGACCUGUCUAAUAUCAUCUUGAUGUCUGAAGAAGACCUCCAGGUGCUUAUUGACGUACCACGUUCAGACCUGGCAGAAGAACUUGCCCAAAGUCAAACCAAAGUCCAGGUAUUGCAGGAAACCCUGCAGCAGGUGUUAGACAGGCGAGAAGAAGAACGCCAGUCAAGACAGCUCCUGGAACUCUACCUAGAGGCCUUGAAAAAUGAAGACAGCAUCUUAAGCAAAGUAGCAGAAUCUGAGACUGUGCCAAGAAAGGAGAUGGAUGUGGUUGACACAGGUACCAGUAGUACCGGCACUUCAGCCAAAACAGCGCUCAGUGACCAGAUCCUUGCUGCUCUGAAAGAGAAACCUGCUCCAGAGCUCUGCCUGGACAGUCAGGAUCUAGAGCUGGUCUUGAAAGAAGACACACAAGCCCUGGCCUCGGCUCUAAGAUGGGACACACAGAAAGCUGAAGCUCUGCAGCAAGCCUGUGACCAGGAGCUCUCCAAGCGUCUACAACAAGUGCAGACUUUGCAUUCUCUAAGGAGCACAUCAAAGGGCAAGAAAAUGCUACCCUGCGGAGACUGGCCCAGUUCAAAACGCAAAAAAUAA